UGAAGCAGACUUCUAUUAAAGCGAACGCCAAUUGACAUCGUAUCACUGGGGAAACAGAAGCCUGUAGCGGCACAGGGACUCAGUAAUCAUCUCUGAUGUUCAAAGUGCAUGUGGCUUUUCUUUAUUUCCCUUUGAUAUUUUUGCUUCUCUGAUAGUACCAUUUACCUGAGAGAUUCCAUUUACCACUUAACUGUUUUAAAGCAUUCCAGGGAAGAAGAUGAUAUUUAAAGUUCACGUCAUAUCACCUCGAUGUUACGGAGUGAUCGUCAGUUUCUACGUACUUUUAUGCAGUAUCAAUGCAAAUAUUUUUCCCGGUAAGAAAAUGGACUUCAACAAAAUGAUACAGAGGGAACGAAGCUUAAAAAUCAUAAGGGACGCCAUCUUGACCAAACUCGGUAGGCCAGUGCACGACGACCCAGGUGCCACAUCACAAGAAAGUAAGAAAACAGAUACAACACCCAUACAAGACAACGGAUACUUCUCCGAAAUUCAGGAAAUUAUUGCCUUUUCCGAACCGGUCGAGAAUAUCACGAAAGAUAAUAUUUUCCAAUUCUCAAUGACAAAGGAUAACCGUACACAUGAUAUACAGAGUGCAAGUGUACUUGUACAAGUGAAAUUUAAGAGACGUCGGAAGAAUUUCAGAAAGAAAGUAAAGGCAAGGCGGAUAAGACUCAUUUUAAGCACUGUUGAUGAAAAGGGACGAAAACUACGACAAAUUUCCUCGCGGAAAGCCAAAAUUUCUAGAACAAAUUGGUUUAAGCUGUACUUGCCAAAAUCUUUAAUUGAAUCUGCUCUGAAAUCUGAUAAUACCAAUAUCAAGUUGCACAUCCGCUGCAAGGGCUGCAAGAAGUUUGCCAAAUUGGUGCUAUUGCAUGGCACCAAGCGGAAACGGAAACGUAAUGGUAAAACCAUUAGACGAAAGAGACAUCGAAUGAGAUCCAGGAAACUAGAUAACAGGAAAUUGAGUAGGACGAGACCUUUCUUACUCAUCCAUACAAAAAUUAAUAUUCGGGACAAAAGAGAGUCCAAUGAAUGUGAUACAGAAACAAACCAGUGUUGUAAAUUACCACUAGUGUUUUCUUUCGCGGAAGCAGGAUGGAGUGAUUGGGUCAUUUCUCCGCCAUCUUUUAAGACUAAUAUGUGCAGUGGUGGUUGUAAUUCCGGUUCGUAUGGGGACCGGAAGCUCAAUUAUACAUAUCAUUGCACAGAGAAGAAACACAAACCUUUACGUAUAAUGUACUUUGACAAAACCGGAAAGGUGAUUGUAAGCAUUCUUCCACGAAUGAUAGUGACAGAAUGCGGAUGUUCAUGACAAAACUACUCUCAUAUGCUUUCUUGAGAACAACAUUUUGAACGAGAAGAGGCUAAUUUGAUACCAACAUUUUGAAACAGAUUAAUUGACCUUUUCAAGUGACAAACAAAAUUGUUUUCUAUGCUUAACAUAUCAUCUUCAUAUAUUUGUUGAUUUACAGUCGUCUGCAACCACCCUGCUUGUAUUUAAACGUUAUAAUUAUAACAUUUAUGUUGUGUAUAUAGGGGAUAAUCAAAAUUUUGAAAUUGGAAAAGGAAUUUUUUUUACGAGUGGUACAGGACAUUUUUAUAUUUCCACAAGUGCUUAGCACAAGUGAAAAUUUAAAAAAAAACUUUCUCUCUCUGGAGUUAAAAUUUCGUAUUUAAAUACGAAAAAGAAUAUUUUUCUACUUAUAACAUUUUCUUUGAUUUUCCCUUGCUUAGAAUAGUAAUUUCUCAAUGCACUGUCGUUCGCUGUGACGUCAUAGUUUAGCGGUCAUAAGACGUUAAAGCCAAGUGAUCUGUGUCAGAAUCUUCUUUUAUUUUCUGUUAUUUUAAUUAUUAUAUAGAAUUUAACUUUAUGACGGUAACGAAAAUCUCGAGUUUAUCGCACUUCUGAUAUUUGAAUACAAUUCGACAAAGCCAUAUGAUAUUUCUACGGUUAUUCAAUGGUGAAAAUAUCAUAAAUAGCUUUAUCCUAUACGUUUUAUGUUGAAUGGGACGGGAAAGUUAAUUUUCUGUGAUAUUGUCUACAGUCCAAACUUUACAUGGUAGGUUCAUAUGUACGUCUUCUAUUGUUUAUUUGGAAUUAACAGUAGCCUACAAUGUUGUCUAAAAAAGGGAAUGUACGAAUAUUUUCUCAUUUAUUUACGGGUAUAAAUGUAGUUAAGAGAUAUAAGCUUGUACCGGUGGUAUGUAAAUAUAGGUUAUGUUCCGUCCUGUGUCUGAAUAAAUUUAUGUUUUUUCUUCCCUUAA